AAAAACCUGUACCUAACCUCAAUGCAUGCACCCGAAUUUUAAACUUUAAAAUCAUGUAAUCAUGAAAGUGUUUGCUUUCGCUGAAUGCGUUAUCCCUAAUUAAAUUGUUAUCUGUGAAAAAGUGACCAUGGACUUUCUUGAAGACGUGUUGAGAAACUUUGAAAGUGUCACAAAUUGCAUCAGACAGAAUAAUAUUGAAUUUCUGUCUUUGCAUGUACCUACUCUUAAUGAAAAUUAUCAUUUAUUUUCUCAAGUGGUCGCUACAAAUCUUUAUGACAAUGUCAAUAUUAACGGUUUGUUAUCUCAGCUUGUAGAUAUUUUUCGAAAUCUUUUAGAUCAAGCUGAGGAUUUAAUUGGCAGAUCAUCAAUUGAGAGAACUUUUGAACGAAUCCAGUUGCCGUUAAUAAGAGAACGAUUGAAUGGAAGACCGAGAAUCGACAUCCCAGCCCCUCAAGUGAACGCAUUGAGACAAUGUGGUGCAACUUGGACAAGAAUUGCGAAAGUAUUUAAUGUGUCUCGAAGAACACUGACGAAUAGAUUACAAGAUAAUCAUAUCGAAGAUCCCAGGACUUCUCACGUGAUGAGCGAUGAAGAACUGUUUGUUGCAAUAACGGCUAUUAAACGAGAAUUUCCAUCUGCUGGACUGAGAUAUGUUUGGGGAGCAUUGAAAGCCCAACACUUAUAUGUUCCUAGAAGAUUGGUCCAAAGCCAUUUACGUGCUAUUGAUCCCAUUGGAGUCUUAUCCAGACGUAGAAUUAGGCUAAGAAGACGUCAAUACAAAGUUAAAGGUGCCAACUCUCUGUGGCAUAUUGACGGUAAUGAAAAGAUCGUUAAUUGGGGCAUGUGGAUUCAUGGAUGUACUGAUGGAUUCAGCCGCAAAGUCAUGUAUCUCGAAGUUUGUCUUACAAAACAAGCAGAUGUUGUACUUGAUAUUUUUAUUAGAGGAGUGACAGAAAAUGGAUUGCCACUGAGAGUGCGCGGAGACUAUGGGACCGAAAAUGUUCGUAUCGUCGACUUCAUGCAGUCCAGUCGUUCAACUGUUGUAUCACCCUUUAUUCCAGGUAAAAGUGUACACAACACGAGGAUUGAGAGAUUGUGGGGGGAAGUGAAUAGGAUUGUCACUCAAAGAUAUCGAGCUGUCUUUAAAUAUUUAGAGGAAAAUGAUGUUCUUAGUCAACUUUCUCUCUCAGACUUACUAUGCCUUUGGUACGUUUACUUUCCUAGAAUCCAAAAUACCUUAACGUACUUUAAGAAUUGCUGGAACCAUCAUAAUUUAAGUACUGAAAAUAACCGAUGCCCUCAUGAACUGUGGCUUACUAACUUAAUAGAGCAAAGCUAUGAAAAUGACGUAUGCUCAUUGAGACUUGUCCCUGAGCAAGUGGGUUUUCACUCCACAUUCAAUCGUGAGCCAUUUUCCAGUGUCCUUUUAAGGAGCAAUCUUGAUCUCGAUCCUGAGUUGAUUCAUCAAAUUAGUGCAACUUUUGAGGAAUUAGUACCUGAUCCAAUGGUGGAAGAUGACCAACAGGGGAUACAAUUGUAUUUGAACUUGCGAAAUCACCUGUCAAACGAAUAGACUCAAUUGUUGUUUACUUCUGUGUAAAAAAAAAUAAAAAUAAAAAAAAAGAAAUAAAUACCACGUAUUAAAUUAUUCUCGAUUUUGUUUCCUAUUUUAAAUGUCUUUAGCAUUGAACUCAGUUCCCUUCGUUACUCUACAAAGGGUGUUCCAAAAGUUAUCAUCAACUUUUGUUUAAGUGAAUAAAUGAACCUGGUAACUCCCAGUUUGUGGAGGACUCAAGUGUAUCACAUUAGCUUCCAAAUGACACCUUGUCAAGCUUACUUGGACAAAAAUUGGCGUUUGUACUAAGUUAUUUUAUGGCAGGUUUGGUGGAUCUGUGUCAGAUCUCUGAGCAUUUUGGAGCUGAACAAGUAAGAGCAAAAAAAAUGAAUAAAAUGUCAAAUGCAUUCCAUUACAAGGAUUACAGAUAUAUUUUAUGGAUAUAUUUGGCAGCGUAUUGUCUUGAUGAAACACAAUGUUUUCUUGUUGUAUCAGUGCCUUUUCAGCAAUGUGGUGUUGGAGGCUAUUCCAUACGUGGCAAUAGUUAAUAAAGGGCAAUGUAUCUUUCUCCUUUUCUCAACUCAGCGCUCAAUAUGGGCAUAACAUGAAAAAUGCCAGGGGCUUAAGAUGACUUGCAGGUUGAAAUGCUCCUAUUGAAUGACUGUGCAAACUUCCCCCGUUGCUGAAGAAAAAAGUUUUCACCUUCAUGCAUUCCUUGUUGUAUUGCUGGUUUUAACAUGUUUGGAUUUUCAAACAUUAAUUUUCCUUAUUUUUCAGUCUCUAAAAUUUAACAGGGGUGGAUCAAACAAACUCACCCUCAAAAAACUUCUGUCAAGAAAUAAAUUUUUAUCCAAAAAUGCUCGGCAAGGCCUUGUUUCAAUACUAAUAAGUUAAUCUAGAGCCUUGCAUUGACCAAAAGUCGCUAACUCUAUUUGUACACUUAGACGAGGGUCACGGACUAAACAUUUGUAACACCCUUUGUGUGAAUAUCCUCACUGGAAUAAAGUGGGAAUUCCAAUGGUGUAAUUACCAAGACAUGCAUCUUCGUUGCAUGGUUUCAAAAUCUCCCCUCUCGUUUUCUUUUUUAAGAAGAUAAUAAAGCAACUGUUAUGCUUCGUCUUUCUUUCGGAGACAAUUCCUCACAUAAGACAAAAAAAGGACCUGCAUUAUAAUGAAAGUGUCAAUUUUCUAGCCAAAAAAAUAAUUUAAGCUGUGAAGUCUGCAACUUCCCUAAACAAUAUACGAAUUUUCAUAUUUACAGUAUGCACAUUAUCAUACCCACCGUCUGUGGUUUCCUAUUUUGGGAAAGGGAAAACUCCCAAUGUUUGUUGGUUUUCAUAUUAAAUAUUGUUUCUUCAUUUUUAACUGAAGGCACAGACAAUUUAAGUUCAUCAAGGACAACUGUCAAGUUUAAUACUGAAAAUGUUUGUGUAAAAAUGGGAGGAUUUAUUUUAUUCAUUUGAAGAAGCUAUUCUCCUGUUAUUUUUCACUUUUUCGAAAUUUUUAUCACUGUUGUACAAAACUAUUUGGAAGAGAAAAAAAAUAUUGCUUAAUAACUUUAGUGAUUUUAAAAGUUGUCUCUUCAAUCAUCAAAAAUCCGAAUCAGAGCAAAUAUAUUGCUGGAGGUACAUUCAGCAAUUUUACUUAGAACCCUGGGAUUGAAAUCAAAUUCUAUUUUUGUUUUGUUUUUGCAGUGUUGAAUAACUUAUCUUUUAAUAACAAGAAACAAAUUCAGGCUUGUCACAAAAACUUGAAUAUGGAAUUCACCAACUUCCGAAAUAGAGUGGGUGAUACCAAAAAUUGAUUUUCAUAAGUGAAUAAUGUUGACAAAAGUCCUCAAAACUCACCUGUUUGACAAUAUGGACACCAUAUCCUGGCAUUUUUAACCAGAAAAAAGAAAUAAGCAAAAAAUGAGUUGCGAAUUCGCUGUUUUUAAAAAGGCCGAAAAGGAGAAAGCUGUUAUUGUGAGAAAAGUGUUAUUUUCUCUGCUUCUCUAACAUCCUGAAGUGCACAGACACAAUGUGUGAUUUCAGUGCCGAUGUUGUACGUCUCCAUGCCUCUCAACACCAGUUUUUCCUUCCAAUGAGAUUUGGUGAUUAAAUGCCCAACUUUCAGAUGAUCUUUGUCUUAGGUACUCUGCUUUUGUUCCACUGGGCCGGGUUUGUUUACUUUGAAAUGAGUCUCUGUUUUGUAAAAACAGCGAAUCAACAACUCAUUUUUUUACUGACUCGAAUCGUCUAGAUUUCUUUAUGUUUGAUCUUUAGUAUUUUGUAGCAACCUUCCCUUGGAGUAACUUGUUAUUUUACUAUGUUUCUGGUUGAUUAAAAUUUUUCUUCAUACCCUGA